AUGAAGAUAAUCAAACACCAAACCAUUGGAGAUAUCGUUCCUGCUACGCGAGCAAAGGAGAUCAAUGUAUCAUCGAUUCAAUGUCCGAUGUUGAAUUCGACUAACUAUACUGUGUGGGCGAUGAGAAUGAGGGUUCUUCUCAAAGUUCACAAAGUCUGGGAAGUCAUCGAGACAGAAACAGGUGAAGGAUAUAAAAACGACUUGGCUAUGGGACUCAUCUUUGAGUCCAUACCCGAGACAUUGGUUUUACAAGUUGGAGAACUUAACUCUGCAUAUAAGGUUUGGAACGCUAUUAAAGGACGACACGUCGGAGCAGAGAGAGUCAGAGAAGCACGACUACAAACCUUAAUGGCAGAGUUCGAUCGUUUAAAGAUGAAGGAUACAGAGACCAUUGAUGAUUUCAGUGGAAAACUUUCGGACAUCUGUUCAAAAUCAGCAGCACUAGGAACCAACAUCGAAGAGUCGAAGCUAGUCAAAAAGUUCCUUAAGAGCAUACCUCGGAAGAAGUAUAUACACAUCGUGGCAUCACUAGAACAGGUGAUUGACUUAAACACAACAAGCUUUGAGGAUAUUGUUGGGCGUUUAAAAGCAUAUGAAGAACGUAUAUACGAGGAAGCCGAGGAAACUCAAGAAGAACAGAGCAAGUUGAUGUAUGCAAAUACAGAAACUCAGCAAAACCGAUGUCAGAAUAAUGAAAAUAGAAGCAGAGGUCGAGGAGGACGUUUCUAUAACAGAGGAAGAGGACGCGGAAGAUCGUAUGAAAGAUCGUAUGAACCAAGAGAUUUGUCAAAAGUUGUUUGCUAUCGGUGUGACAAGACAGGACAUUAUGCUUCGAGCUGCCCAGAUUGUCUACUUAAACUUCAUGAAACACAAGAGAACGAAAAAGAAGACGAUACACAAAUGGCGGAAUCUCUUCUAAUGCACAAAAUUGUGUAUCUUAACGAAAGGAAUGUGAAACCAAAGGAGUUUGAGACACGAUGCGACAGAGAGUGGUAUUUAGACAACGGUGCCAGUAACCAUAUGACAGGAAAUCGAACCUGGCUUACAAAAAUCAACGAGAUGAUCACAGUGAAAGUACGAUUCGGAGAUGAUUCACGUAUUGACAUCAAAGGAAAGGGACAGGCUACUGAAGCAGGAUGUGAUGUGAGGAUGAGAGAAGACUAUCUCACAUUACAUGAUCGAGAAGGAAAUUUGCUGGUGAAAGCAAUCCGAUCGAAGAAUAGAUUGUACAAAGUGGCGUUAGAGGUUGAGAACACUAAGUGUCUGCAGAUCAUGGCAUCUAAUGACUCAAGGUGGCAUGCCCGUCUAGGACAUAUCAGCACAGAAACCAUCCAGUCUAUGGUAGCAAAGGAACUAGUUAUCGGGAUAACUAAUGCUCCAAAAGAAAAGGAUAUCUGCGCAUCAUGUCUACUUGGGAAGCAAAAGCUGGAACAAGUAUCAAGACAUUCAGAACAGACAGGAGGGGAGUUCAUGUCUCAGGAGUUCCAAACAUACUGUGAAGAAGAAGGUAUCAACAGACACCUAACUGCACCGUACACGCCCCAGCAGAAUGACAUCGUCGAAAGGCGUAAUAGGACCCUCUUAGAGAUGACCAGAAGUAUGUUAAAGCAUAUGAACAUGCCUAACUACUUGUGGGGAGAAGCGGUGAGACACUCAACAUAUCUCAUAAACAGAGUCGAGACCAGAUUGUUGCGAAAUCAAAUGCCGUAUGAAGCUUUCAAACGCAGAAAACCGAAUGUGGAGCACCUACGAGUAAUUGGCUGCGUGAGUUAUGCAAAGAUCGAAGGUACAUACCUGAAAAAGUUAGACGACAAGUCGCAGAUGUUAGUCUAUCUAGGAACAGAACCCGGAUCUAAAGCUUAUCGCCUUCUCGAGCCUACAAAGCGCAGGAUUGUAGUUAACAGAGAUGUCAUGUUCGAUGAGAAUAAGAGUUGGAAGUGGAGCAACUCAGAUGCAGAUUUCCAGAAUGAAACAGGGACGUUCACAAUUAACUUUGGAGAAAAUGUGAACACGAGAACAGAGGAAGAAGAAUCUAUCGAAGAAGCAGAAUAG